GCCCGGAACAUUUGUCAAUUUUUAGCCGGUAUAACUUCGAUAAUGUCAUCGUCAUUAAAAGACAGUAGCAAACUGAUUGAAAACAACAAAGCCAGAAUAUAUACGACCCCUCGCAUAAAUAAUUCAAUAAAUACUAACGAUAAAAGUGUAACAACUAACAUAGAUGAACUAUGCUUAAAAUAUCCUGAAGGAGCAGCUCUUGUUCCAUUUUCAAGCAUGCUAUCUACUAUUAAUAAUUGGCGACGUGAAUGUCAUCCUCCCCAACCAAAAUCAUUACAAGAGUAUGCUUCAUUUUUAAACAUGAAAAAAUGGGAAAAUUUAAUGUCUCGUAAUAAAAGUAAACUAACGAUCCAGUAUAUAAAUAGUGCCGAUGGAUCACACGCUAUUGUUUACGCGGACAAGGCAUUCCUGAAGUCAAUUAAUACGAACCAUAUAUUCGUUGAUGCAACUUAUCAAAUUAUUCCCAAAAUACCGAAAGAAAUAUAUCAAUUUCUAACAGUAAUGGCACUUGUUGAAGACAAUGCACUUCCAGUCGCAUGGGUUCUCAUGACAAACAAAACUAUGAUAAGUUAUAAGGAUGUUUUUGAAUACUUUGCUACUAAUUUAGCACCACAUUUUUAUUAUACAAACUUUUGUGACUGA